GGGUCUUCUAGCACCUUGGGUCACGCCUCCUUGGCGAGAAGGCGCCUGGCCUUUGAUUGCUUGCAGUUACUGCAGAAACUUCCUGCCCUGGUGGAGAAGCGGGUGCUCGCUCCAGGCUUAAGGCGUGAGACUGAGUUCAUUGGGUUUUUGGUCCCCGAACCAGGAAGGGUUGAGGGAACAGUGUCUGCGAGCCCUCUGCGCCCCACGUGACGGGUCCGGUGUUGGGCUCCUUCUUACCCCUUCAUUCGCAUCCCUCCGGGCUUUGCGCCUCCCCGGAACACCUCGCCGGGAGAUGGCCGCGUUGAUGCGGGGCAAGGAUUCGUCCCGCUGUCUACUCCUACUGGCCGCGGUGCUGAUGGUGGAGAGCUCACAGCUCAGCAGCUCGCGGACCAAACUCAACUCUAUCAAGUCCUCUCUGGGCGGGGAGACGCCUGCCCAGGCCGCCAAUCGAUCUGCGGGCAUAUACCAAGGACUGGCUUUCGGCGGCAGUAAGAAGGGCAAAAACCUGGGGCAGGCCUAUCCUUGUAGCAGUGAUAAGGAAUGUGAAGUUGGGAGAUACUGCCAUAGUCCUCAUCAAGGGUCAUCAGCCUGCAUGGCAUGUCGGAGGAAAAAGAAGCGCUGUCAUAGAGAUGGCAUGUGUUGCCCUAGUAACCGCUGCAAUAAUGGCAUCUGCAUCCCGGUCACUGAGAGCAUCUUAACCCCUCACAUCCCAGCUCUGGAUGGCACUAGGCAUAGAGACCGAGGCCAUGGUCAUUAUUCAAACCAUGACUUGGGAUGGCAGAAUCUUGGAAGACCACACACCAAGAUGUCACAUAUAAAAGGGCAUGAAGGAGACCCCUGCCUGCGAUCAUCAGACUGCAUUGAAGGGUUCUGCUGUGCUCGUCACUUCUGGACCAAAAUCUGCAAACCAGUACUCCAUCAGGGCGAAGUCUGUACCAAACAGCGAAAAAAGGGUUCUCAUGGGCUGGAAAUUUUCCAGCGGUGUGACUGUGCAAAAGGCUUGUCUUGCAAAGUGUGGAAGGAUGCCACCUACUCUUCCAAAGCCAGACUCCACGUGUGUCAGAAAAUCUGAUCACCACUGAGGAAAAUCACCACUAGCAGACUGUGAAUUCAUGUAUUUAACGCAUUAUGGCAUGGUGGAAAAUAAAGUUCGGAAUGCAUAAGAAUGGUGUAGAUGACAAAGGUGAUAAGAAUAUAGACCACAGAAAGAAAGAAAGGAAAGAGGACUGAAUGAAUUGGAAGGGUGUCAAACUCAGCGCAACCAGCAGGCUUCCAUUAUGCAACUUGUUUAUGUAAAUAAUGUACACAGUUGUGAAAAUGCUAUUAAUAAGGAAAAAAGCACAUAGUGGAAAUUACUGAAUUCCUUAUGAAUUUCCAAGAGUUUAGGUUGUGCUGGAGGAGAGAGUUCCUUCAGGUUGGUGAUUGCCUAUAAAAAAUAACCUAAAAUCCACAUUUCUUUUCAAAGUUCUAGUUUAACAAAAUACUCCCAGUUUACAUUGAUGUAUAAGUUCUAAAACACGAAAAGAAUUGAUAAACAGGAAUUGAAAACAUAAAGCAGAGUUAAUUUGCAAGAGAAUCACUUUUUAAUUUGCUACUCUACUUCGAAUGCUCAACUAAAGGCCUUGAGUAGACAAAGAAAAAAAAAAGCAAAUUAUUUCAAAAUAACGCCAGAUCUUUCAUCAAGGUCUUUGGAAAAAACAAACUUGUUCUUCCUCAAACUGCUUAUUUACAUUGUUUUCAAAAAUUUAACUUCACUUGUAAUUAAUAAGAACUGAUAUAAAAUAAAAAACAGUUCCUUAAUAUGAUCUGUCUUGCAGCAAUAUGGCAUAAUGAAUCCCACUUUUAUGUAUAAUUAAAUGCACAAAUAAAAAACAGUUCCUUGAUUCUGAAGGAAUGA